CGUGCUAUCGACUAUCGAUUUACCAAGCACUGGCAAAUCAGCUGUUCCGCUCGUCACGAACGUGACGGUUUGUAAAAUUAAAUUGUAUAAUUGCUGUAUAAAAACACUAGCUAAACGCAACUUGCUGUCGACCGAUGGAUUCCAAUCUGCGCAAUCUCAAAGACUUUUUCACAUUAUACAACAAAGUGACGGAACUGUGUUUCAGCCGAUGCGUGGAUAAUCUCAGCCAGCGCGACCUGGGCGGGCAAGAGGACCUCUGUGUGGACAGGUGCGUUACCAAGUUCGCGCGCUUCAACCAGAAUAUGAUGAAAGUGUACGUGGAUGUGCAGACCACUAUCAACGCCAAGCGCAUGGAGGAGAUGGAGGAGAACGCCCGCAAGGCCGAGCAGCAGCAGAGGGAGCAGGAGAAGGAGCGGCUGAAAGAGGCGGCCGCCACGGCAGUACUUACACCUGUCCAGCCGCCUGUCGCCGGCAAUCUGUCCAUGUAG